CCUGACGGGAGGCAGUCGCGCGGCCGCCCGCACAGGAAGCGGUUUGCAGACGGGCGAGCCUGGACCCAAGCUGCGGCUAUGUUACUGGCGCCUAUACUCUUCUCGGCUGCGUGGGUCGGUCGCAACGGCUGGCGUUGCUGGUCGGCGAGUUUUUAGUCCUAGCUGGGGUUGUUUGCGGUAUCCGGCAUUACCGGGUGCGUUGUGUUCAAACCGUCUGCAUCCAGUUAAGAAAAACGGUUUGCUAAGCACAAGAAACACCCGGCCGAGAAAGGCCGGGCCUCGGGGAAGGGGAUGUUAGCUAGCUAACGUUGUUUUCUAACGUUAGCCGAGUGUCGGUGGACUUGUAAUUAAAUUUACCGACUUAAAGCUGUGCUAGGUGGCUAAUAAAAGUUUAAACGUUACUCCAUGUAAAUACGCGUGUGUGAGAUGCCAGUAACACUAAGUAUAAGCUACCUGCUAUAACUGCCGAUAGCUCAGGUGGCAGGCCACCCUGCCUGCAGGUUAAAAUAUCUGCUACCUUUGGAGCAGUGACGCAUUUAGUAUUGUAUUCGUACAAAAUUUAAUUUAUCUCAUUUGGGGGGAGAGAAAGAAAUGCGUUUUAUACUGGAGAGUUGAAUUACAACCAACUGGUUGCCGACGAGGCGCUUGCUGGCGAAAGUGGGGACAUACCAGCGUCUUAUUAGCAUCGUUCGCCCUAAAACAUUUUUUAUUUAAGCGAGAGGUUGGCGGAACAGUGGAGAAAAUGUCCGGAAAAGUGUCCCGUCGCUCCAUCUGAGUUAUAAACGCGGUGAAACCUGGCGCCAGGCUUCCACGUUUCCUCUAGACGUAAACGUCAAAAAGUAGUUAGCCAUGAAAUCGCCUACCCUUAAGGAGCCGCCACGGUGAAUAUACGGAACCCAAAUGGUUUUUCUACGUUUUCGAACAUGGGUGACAUGAAGACCCCAGAUUUUGAUGAUCUUUUGGCUGCUUUUGAUAUCCCUGAUGCCACUGGGUUGGAUGCUAAGGAAGCCAUCCCAGACAACCACGAUGAAUGUGAGGGCCAGCCAAAAUCUGUAGGGAUCUGCUUGGAAGACAUCUCCACCCACAAUAUUGCCCAGGCCCCUGAUGUUCCUGCUGUCAGUGUGAUAGUGAAGAACACCAGUCGUCAGGAGUCAUGCGAAUCUGGCACAGAGAGAGAAGGGGUCCACCUUGGACACCUCCUGCAGAAUGGAUUUCGGGGCUCAGGAACCAUCCUAGAUUCCCAUCACAUGGUACACGGAAAUUACGGGAAGUUUGAGACCACUUUUGUAAAUGGAGAUCGUUCAGGUGACUGCCCGGAUUUGCCAAUGGCACCCCAUCAGCCUUGUGGGGCAUCCUUCACCCAAUUUAGUCCUAUCUCAAGUCCAGAACCUGAGGAUAUCCCAGCAGAUGGGAUUGUUGGACGUCCAAAACAAGACGAGAGGCCCUAUUUUCCCUCUGGCUCUGUAUUUGGGUCAGAAGAGCAGUCCAUGUUGGACAGUCAAAGAAAAUUGCAUGGGACCAGCAUGUGCCGUAAAUUAGUUGCUGGGAGCGAAAUUUGUAAUAUCACGGACAGAAACAGGGAAUUUUGCAAAACAGAACAGUCCUACUCAGAGGAAAAUUCUGUUUGCUCUAAUGAUGGCCAUGUUGAACAAUCUAGCUUUAGCAGUCCGGUGUUACCUAUGGGUGACCUUCAUGGUGACAAUCUCGGAGAGACUCAAAAUUAUUUUCCUUUGGAGUCCAGUAUUGGCUUAUCCCAGCAAUGCAUCAAAAGUUCAAGCUCCAAACUGUCAUCCUGCCUUGCAGCACUUGUGGCUUUGAAUUCCAGGAAGGUCAUGGAAGAUUCUAAAGAUGAUGUAAACUCUAGAGAUCCGUUAGUGUCCAUGAAAGAAAGCCCAAAAGUGCCCAAAUCUCCGAAGAGCCCUCGGAGUCCACUGGAGGUCGUAAAGAGGUUUAUCAAGCCUCCAGACAGUCCGAUGAGCAUCUGCAGUGACAGCAGUGGUAAAGCAUCCCCCUCUGUGACUACAGGUUCGCCCCCAGCAAUUCCGAGAGUUCGGAUAAAGACUAUUAAAACCUCAUCUGGGCAAAUAAAGCGAACAGUGACAAGCGUGUUGCCUGAUUCAGAGCUGGAUGAACUCCAGUCUCCAACCGGUUCUUCUCCCCCACAGAUCACCGCUGUCGAAGAGCCACCGACCAAAGCGUCUCCGCUGCACCUGUCACAUCAUACAGUGAAUGACAUUGUCUUCGAAAAUGGAAGGAAUAAAACAUUUGACAAAUCCACAGCACUUGUGUCCCAGCCCUCAAAGGUUAUUCCCAUCACAUCAGAUUGCAGCUCAAAGAAGAGGGUCAAGGCACAUUCAGGCACCUCUUCACAGAAAACUAACAGCUCUAACCUGAGGGUUGUAAAGACAUUGCAGCAGCAAAAGGGGGUCUCUGUCAGAUCUAUGAAGCCCCCCAACACCAAUUUCCUCCCCAAAGCGGUACACUUGGCCAAUCUAAACUUGGUCCCUCAUAGCGUUGCAGCGUCGGUUACGGCCAGAUCUACCACGCCACGGCCGCCCCAGCUUCCCGGGUCCAUGGUGUGCAGCACGGUUCCGCUCGUGCACCAGGUCAAAAGCCCCGCCCCCGCGCUGGGCACCACCAUUUCCUGCGGUGCUGUGGGGACCCUGAACAGACUUCUGAACGCCUCCAAUCCCAUACCGACGUAUGUGCCCAACCUGAACCCCCCUCCAGAGUCUCAGAUAAGCCUGCCGGCUCGGGGCCACCGGUGCCUGGAGUGUGGGGACGCCUUCUGUCUGGAGGCCAGUUUGGCUCAGCAUUACAGCAGGAGGAGUGUGCACAUCGAGGUGGCAUGCAUGCACUGCGCCAAGACACUCGUCUUCUUCAACAAGUGCAGUCUGCUGGCCCACGCCCGGCAGCACAAGAGUCAGGGCGCUAUCAUGCAGUGUACUCAGCUCUUCAUGAAGCCCGUUGCCGCCGACCAGAUGUUCUCCCUGGCUGUGCCCACCCCCACUGUGGCCAUGCCACCAGUGCCCGUGGGGUCCCAGGUCUUCCCAGGCCCAGCAAAGAACGCACCAGCCAUGCCUUUAUAUCCAGACAAAGUGAUACCGCAUGGACUCAAGUGUCUGGAAUGCAACAAGCAGAUGUCAGAUGACAGGUCACUGGCAGGUCAUUUCCAGAGACUUUCCGAAGAAAUGGAGAGACUGGUCUGUAAGCUGUGCAUGAUGACACUGCCCAACAAGUGCAGCUACAGGGCUCACCAGCGCAUCCACACACACAAGUCCCCAUACUGCUGCCCCGAGUGCGGAGCAGUCAGCCACUCCACGGACAUCCAGAAACACAUCAAGGAGAACUGCCUCCACUAUGCACGCAAGAUCGGCAACAAGUGCUCACACUGUGAUAUGUUUCACUUGUCCUUUCAUGUUCAAAAGAGCCACAUUAUGGAGAAACACUGUGAGAUUUUCUAUAAGUGCUCUCUCUGUCCGGUCGCCUUCAAGUCUUCAGAUGGCUGCCUGACACACGUCAAAAACAAACAUGACGACAGUAGUGUGUCUCCGCAAAUGAUCUAUAGGUGCUCCUGUGAAAUGGUUUUUAAGAAGAAGCAGCUGCUCUUCCAACACUUCCAGCAGAGCAGCAAAAAGCUCACUACCUGUGUCUUCAAGUGCCCUGAGUGUCCAGUGGUCUUCACACAGAAGCAAAUGCUAAUGCAACAUUUCAAGGGAGUCCACAGGAGUGUCCUCAGGGCAGCUGUGGAUGAAAGUGCCAAACUGUCUGAAGAGCCUUCACCGCACCCGCAGGGCACGUCGCUGACCCCCAGUCGGCCGCCGACAAGCCGGCUUCUCCGAUGUGUGGCCUCAGAUGACCAGAAGGACCCAGCUUCCCAAAAGCCAAGUCAGACCAAUCUGAAGAAUGCAGGCUUGACCUGUGGAGAGUGUCUGCAGUGGCUUCCUGAUCGCGAUGCCUAUCUGUCUCACAUGAAGACCAGCCAUGGGAGGUCAGUGAAGAGAUAUCCUUGCCGGAAUUGCGAGAGGUCCUUUAAUUCCACUACAAGUCUCAGGAGACACAUUCGCAACGACCAUGGCGGGAAGAAGAGAACCUUCACCUGCUGGUACUGCACAGACAAGACGAUGACUUUUACCAAACACUUCAUGCUGAAGAAUCACAUCAGCCUGAUGCACGGCAUUAAAAACCCCGACUUCAGCCAGAUGCUACAGGCAGCCCCUGAGAACAGGAAAGCCUCUGGAGAGGGUCCUGUGGUGAAGAGACCUUCCGAUGAAGCCCUGAUUGUGGGGGCACCCGACACCCCCCCCGCCAAGAGGCCCACACCCCAGUUCCGCUGCUCCAAGUGUGGCUUCACCACAGAGGACAGUGGACGCUUCCAGGAGCACAUACCUCAGCACAAGGCCGAUGACAGCACCCCCCAGUGCUCACACUGCGGCCUGUGCUUUACCUCCCCGCUGGCCCUCAGCAGGCACCUCCUCAUUGUCCAUAAGAUUAAGGAGCCAGAGGAGGAACUGCAGCAGGAUGAGGAGGAAGAAGAAGAAGAGGAGGAUGAGGAGGAAAGGGAGCAGGAGUCAUCACCUCAGGCCAGUGACGAAGAGGUCGAUCCCCUCCCUGCUGGACAAGGUGGCUCCUCUUUAGCUGAGGAACCUAAGAGGUUUCAUUGUGACACCUGCAGCGAGGCCUUUGGCUGUGAAUCUGCUUACAGCUCCCACAUGCAGACUCACAGCACCUCGCACCCAAAGGCGGUCCCUGAGCAAUGAUGGUAAACACCGAUCCCCCCCUCCCCCCAAAAAAGCUGCUAUUGCCCCUGCGUCCUGGGAGGAUGAGGACCCUCAAAAUGCUCAAUCAGCAUCACAGCGGCUUUAAACUCUUGUACCUCAGUGGAAUUUGCCUUAUUCUUCUACAUGUAUUCUGCCACGCUACAAAUCACAAAUCACUUACUUUAGCCGCAAACACCUACACCAAAUAUAGAUACAUUUCGAACUUCGUCCAGUUGGGUCGUUGUUGACAUGUUAGGUCAUUUUUCCCUCUUGGACACACAAGACUGUUAGAUGAUAAAGACUAGAUAGACCCAGUGAUUUUGGUUGAGCUGAAAACCACGUUAAGGAUAAUGGCUGGUUCUAAAUGUGCCCAGUCACUCAGACGGUGCUCUUGCAGACUUGGAGCUGAAUGUGUUCACCCAUUGGAAAUGUAAGCAGUAUUGCAGAUUUGGCGAUUAUCUGCAUCCCAAAGUAGCAAUUUCUUUGCAUAUCCCUCCAUUGGCGAUCAAAGGAAAUGUAUUUUAAUAUCUGUUCCAUACCAAAAAGAAUGUGUGGCUGUUGUUUUAAUUUUAACGGUAAUUCAGUGAACCAUCCUUUGAACCGAAGUCUCACUUCCCCUGCAAGGUGAUUGUGUAUGGAUUGCAUAACACAUCUGUAACAAAUGUUUACUUUUAAUUUUGACAUGGACUUGACUGAUGUCUGAAUAUUUAGCAUACAAUUGAAAUUGUAUAUCACAGGUCUGUUUCACGUGUUUACGCAAAUUAAAUAUUUAAUGUGUGGGAAGUUGCGUGACAGCUAUGAAGCAUGCAGUGGGUACUUUGGGGAAUUGUUUGCUUAUUUCACUGAUAAGCUGAAUAUAAUCAGGAUGCGGCAGUUAUAAACUAAUAUUGUCAUUUUAAAUGUCCGUUGUCAUUUGUAAAAGGAGAUCAAAAAAAAUGAAAUGGUUAUGAUUGGGGUGGGUGUGUGAUGAGCUGUGGAGUUUUGGUGAGAACAAAAAUCAUUUCCACCUCACCUGAACUGUGGAGACUCUUGAAUGAGGUUUUUGCAGAUAAUUAACUAUUGUACUGCUACAUUUUAAAAGGAAUGAUUUUCCUUAAUAUAUUAUCUCCCAUAUUACUCAAUUUUAUAAAUUACUUUGGAGAUUUAUCUAGUCAUAUUGACUUCUUUCCAUGUGAAAUUUCCAUUUAAAAGCUGUAUGACACGUAUUCCUUUUCAUGUUUGUAGUAAAUGUUAUUUUCCUUAAGUCCUCCCCAGUUUACUGAAGAGUGGCUAAUUUAAGAUAUCUUGAACAGAAAUUAUACUCCUUUAAAUAUCAGUGUUUUUUGAUACAGCCUCUAUUCAGAGCAACUUUGUACUUUUUGAUAAUGUGUGGUAGUAUGAAAGUUCUGGUACAGGCAAACCCCAUGUACAUAGCUAAUAAAUUUCACAUGUCUAUAUCAGGGUUUAUUUUUCCCAAGCCAUUACACAUCUAUUUAACCGGUAUUGGCCUUUGUGCCUUGCUGUUAUGUUUACUUUUGAUUAUUUCAAAUAAAAUGCGUAUGUCUGGAU